CUAUUUCAGGAGUCAGCCUCUGUCUCUGAGUUCAUUGUCACCGUAACUUGUCAAAGGAGAACCCAGUGAGCUUCUAGGUUUGGCUACUUGAAGGCAGCUUCUCCUUUACUUGGAAGGCUUCCCGAGUGAUGGACCCAUACGUGAUUCAGAUGAAUGCCAAUGGUGACCUCCCCUCUGUUCUGGACAUGCAUGUUAGCUUAGGUGGCAGAAGCUCUGUGCCGGGAAAAAUGAAAGGCAGGAAGGCCAGGUGGUCUGUGAGGCCAUCAGACAUGUCCAACAAAACUUUUAACCCCAUCCGGGCCAUCGUGGACGGCAUGAAGGUGAAGCCAAAUCCAAACAAAACUAUGAUUUCCCUGUCAAUUGGGGACCCAACUGUGUUUGGAAACCUGCCUACAGACCCCGAAGUUACUCAAGCAAUGAAAGAUGCCCUGGACUCAGGGAAAUAUAAUGGCUACGCCCCAUCCAUUGGCUACCUCACCAGUCGUGAGGAGAUUGCUUCUUAUUACCACUGUCCUGAGGCACCUCUGGAAGCGAAGGAUGUAAUUCUGACAAGUGGCUGCAGUCAGGCUAUUGAACUUUGUUUAGCUGUGUUGGCCAACCCAGGGCAAAACAUCCUGGUUCCGAGACCCGGUUUCUCUCUCUACAGGACUUUAGCUGAAUCUAUGGGAAUUGAGGUCAAACUCUACAACUUAUUGCCAGAGAAGUCUUGGGAAAUUGACCUGAAACAACUGGAAUCUCUGAUUGAUGAAAAGACAGCUUGUCUCAUUGUCAAUAAUCCGUCAAACCCCUGUGGGUCAGUGUUCAGUAAAAGUCAUCUUCGGAAGAUUCUAGCAGUGGCUGCAAGGCAGUGCGUCCCCAUCUUAGCUGAUGAGAUCUAUGGAGACAUGGUGUUUUCAGAUUGCAAAUAUGAACCACUAGCCACCCUCAGCAAUGACGUCCCCAUCCUGUCCUGUGGAGGGCUGGCCAAGCGUUGGCUGGUUCCAGGCUGGAGAUUGGGCUGGAUUCUCAUCCAUGACCGAAGAGAUAUUUUUGGCAAUGAGAUCCGAGACGGGCUGGUGAAGCUGAGUCAGCGGAUACUGGGACCCUGUACCAUUGUCCAGGGAGCUCUGAAAAGCAUCCUGCGUCGUACCCCACAAGAGUUCUACCACAACACCCUAAGCUUCCUCAAGUCCAAUGCUGAUCUCUGUUAUGGGGCACUGGCUGCCAUCCCUGGACUCCAGCCAGUCCAUCCUUCUGGGGCCAUGUACCUCAUGGUUGGAAUUGAGAUGGAACAUUUCCCAGAAUUUGAGAAUGAUGUGGAGUUCACGGAGCGGUUAGUUGCUGAGCAAUCUGUCCAGUGCCUCCCAGCAAUGUGCUUCGAGUAUCCGAAUUUUUUCCGAGUGGUAAUCACGGUCCCCGAGGUGAUGAUGUUGGAGGCUUGUAACCGGAUCCAGGAGUUCUGUGAGCAGCACUACCAUUGUGCUGAAGGGAGCCAGGAGGAGUGUGAUAAAUAGACCCUCAUUCGUUCUCCCGAGGAUGUGUCCUAUCUGGGAAUGGCUGGACCGGCCUUACCUCUCCUCAGGGAGUCAGAUGGCCCUACUGGGAGAAGGGCCUCCAAAGCACCAUGUUACAUGUUCAGGAUUGCUCUGCUUUUCCUCUUAAACCCACAUACACAUUCAGUCCCUCUGCUCUACUGGAGUGACUUGCUAAUUCAUUAACCUGCCCUCCCCUGUGAUUGCCUCCUUUUUUCUUGAGAGUACCAGGUGAACAAAAGUUCCAGAAAGCAGCUGAGCUAAGAAAAUAAGGGCUCAGAAUGAGAGAAGCAAAAGAUGGAGAGAACUUGUACCCUCACCAUUUCCACACACUCUAAGUAAGAACAUACUCUCUCCUGUCAGGUCUGAAGCCCAACUCAGUUAGUGCCUCACUUCAGGUAUAACUCACUUUAUGCAAUAGAAUUAUAAUUGGAAAGAAGUUGGGGACACACAUAUUUGGUUAAUUAUAUUUGAAGAUGUUAGGCAAAGUUUCUAUUUGAAGGAUUCCUGAAAGAAGCCUUUUUGUUGAUUUUUUUUUUUUUUGGUAAAGAAAUGUUUUGUGUUGCAAAUAAAUAUCCUUUGAUUGAUUGACUUCCUAAAUUUAGAUUUGUGCGCAUCAGGCUUUCUUAAAGUGAGAGCACAUGUGUGUUACAGAAAGGAGGAAUCAGACAACCUUCCAGAAAGACUGCUGUUAAGGGCCAGAAAUAUCCUUAUUGUUAUGGAAUCAUUACUUUUGCUGUAAUGUUAAUAUUGAUUUAUUAUGUUAUAUUAUCUUUUCAUACGUUUUCUAAGAAACAUUUAUAUAGACAAGGUCCUUUAUUUUGCCAAGAGCAUAAAUUAUUGUUUUUCUUCUUUUUUUAAAAAAUAAAUUUUACCAAGUA